UGGUGAAAACGAGUCUUGCAUGACGGUGGACAUGUCACCACUUCGAUCGAAAAGACCCCAACUUCAUUUAGCAAUUACUUCCAGACGCAUGGCUGUCGGAGCGAUCGACACACCCAGAAGAUUAGUCCGUAAUUUCACAACGAGAGAUGGUAACACAUAUGUCAGAAUCACAGAGCAAAACACAGCAUAAUCCACAUUCUCUGGUCUAACCAACUGGUAUCGACCGCUGAGACUCCGGGAGAGAAAUCCGACGGCCACCGGUGGGGCUUGAACGUGGGUCUCGAAUUCUACAGCUCAGGAGGGCUCCACCGAGCUCUUCCAUGGUCGCUUUUGUGUGAAACCCUCGGCAGCCAUGUCCAGUGGUUUUGUUUAGCGAUCUGAUCGAGCUGCGGGCUGUGAUUGCGUCGGUGUUAGGUGGCUUGGUUGUGGCCGUCGUGUGGCGGUUGCAAAGUGCUCUCUUCCUCGGGAAUCGGACCAGCCGUUUGAAUUUGCGUGGACACUGAGUGGGAAUUUUGGGACAGUCUCCGACCUAGAAUUCUGGUGCAGUGAGCGUUUCGGUUCUUUUCAAGGUCGUGGAUCUUCCUGGUGAAGAAAUUUCAUUGCCUUAAAGGCUUGGUUCUGUUACAGACUUCGUUCCGAUGCUUGGCAUCUUAUUUCGGCACGCGUUGUCGCUACCGACCCUGGGCCCCCUGGGUGCUUCUUUAACGAAAGUCCGCCCCAGGAGGUGGAUUCCCGUGAGGUCGCGUUCAGCUACUAACAUUGAAGGGCUCUCACUUGUGUUACUUACAUGAUUGGAGCUGGUAUAGAGCCUAAUUGCGGACAUUUCAGGAAUUGACAACUUUGGGGCUCGCAUCCACCACUUGGCACGAGCUUUGCCUUAGCUGCUUUUGGUGUGAUAGUGAUCACGAGUUCGGCGGGCAAGAAACAGAGUAGCGGAGUAAUACGAUUACCUGCACCGUUGCAGUUUCCCUCUCAAUUGGAAUUAACCUGGUGUACACAAUUUUCAGAUCGUCGAGUCUACUGUGCAUCUUUUAGAGCUGAUUCAGGGUUUACUCUGGAAUUCUCGAGACAUGGACGGAAUUGUGGCAAGGAGUGACACAAUGUCUGUCAAUGAGGUAUGGACUGAUGCAGUUGGUGGUGGUGCGGUUAGUGAUUCAGCUGAUAGUCAUGGUACGUAUGAUGAAGCUUAUAACACGGAGGAGUUAUCCGGAAUUGUGGCCUCACUUUCGUCAGCAGCAGAAGUUCCUGGAGGAAGCACAGGCCCCAAGGAAUCUCUGGGAGGAGUGCAUACACAUGCCGCCCUUGAGGAGAAACUUGAGGAACAGGCUAGUGUUAGUGUACCAGCCUUGACUUUUUCUGAUGUGGUGGGCGGGAGCGCAGGUCCAUCUGAUCCUGAUAUUUGUGCCAUCUGCUUAGAUAGAAUUAAGCUAGCAGAGACAUCUCAAAUCAAAGGAUGCGAACACUCUUAUUGCGUUACUUGUAUAUUACGAUGGGCCCUGUAUCAGAAUAAUACCUGGUGCCCUCAGUGCCGACUUCCUUUCACCGAGAUGUAUGUAUACAGAUCGCUUGAUGGGAGCCUCAAUGAUUAUCUAAUUGAAGAAAGCGUCUGCCUUCUGCUGAGAGCAUCUUGGUUUGAAGGCAUGCCCGUUUUCGCCCAGCCAGAAGAACCCGAGGACUACUAUGAAGAUGAAGAAUUUGAUGAUUACUAUUUCAAGUCUAACGUGCGCAUUGGGAAUCGACGUUGGGGUGACAAUGGUUAUGUCCGUGCUGGCCGUCGCGAGGCACGACCUGUGGGCGUCCGGCAUCUAGCAGCUGCAGUUGCGCAAGCUGAUGAAGCGGGAUCUUCUUCCUUCCGUCCAGGAAAAGGCAAGGAAAAGGCUUCUCCGAAAGAGGCUACUGGCCGCCGGGCCAAGCGAGCUCAGAAACGUGAAGCUCUUGAUAAACAACUAGCUACACAGCGCUCUGUUAGGUGAAUUGGGUGUCUCUAACAUGGAAGCGUCUUAGUUUGUUGCUCCCUAAGGUGUGUAUUGCAGUCAUGAGUGGCACAAAACUUAUAUCUUUUGCUAGUGUUGGAGGGGAUCAUUAGUUGUUACUCCUUAUACCUUCAGCAGUAAAGGAUAUGUUUGAUUGUUUGAUCCUCGUUGCUCUCAUUCUUCACCCUAGUAUUAAGAAUGCGUUGUAUGGGUUGUGUAAGGCUUCUCGACUUAUCACUUGUCAACUCGUACAUGUGCACCAAUUUGGAACAAACAUAAAAGGUUAUGGAAACAAGCGCUAUUUUGUUUGA